AUGUGCGGCGGAGCAUUGUUGAGCUCCGGACUAUGUCGGUUUUCGGAGCUCACACCUGGACAGUUUGGGCUCACGAAACAACUGGUUUUCCGACUGGCCCUUCCACAUAUCACACUUUUAGUUGUUUCAAUUUUAUAUGCAGUAUUUGGUGGUUGGAUGUUAACACUCAUAAAAUAUAGUCAGCAAACGGCACAUCAAUCAAUAGUUUUUGAUCAAACACGACAAAGUUUUGCAAAAAAGUUGGCUGGCAUAGGAGACAAAGAAGAAUUCGAGGGAAUAGUGAAUGAGUUAGUGGAGAAGGCGUAUGAAUUCUAUACAAUGGAAGAUGGACAUCGAUGGCAGGAAGCGGCGUUCAACUCAAAUCCUCUCACCAACUUCACAUCUAACUUGUUUUUUGCUGCAACCACUUUGACUUCGAUAGGUUACGGAAUCGAUGCUCCAGAAUCCCUAGUUGGUCGUGUUUUUUGCCUGGUCUACUUAUUCUUUGGAAUUCCUCUCUACCUGAUCACAAUAGCAGAUAUGGCAAAGUUCUGUACAGAACUAAUGAAUCGGACUUAUACCGAAAUUAUAAAAUACAAGUAUCGAGUGAAACGACGGUAUAAAAGAUGGAAAUCUGGAAGGAUUCGAAGGUAUGCAUUUCCAUUGUCAAUUGAAAUUAAUUCAGUUUAUUCUAGAGAAUCCAUGAAAGUGGGUCAAGUGAUCAUUGCUGGUGGUGAAGAUGAAGUGGCAGAAUUUCUUUGGACUCAUUUAGAACAUGCACAGUUUGUGGAAGUACCAUUCCUCCUAGUUAUUGGAAUUUUGCUUCUUUAUAUUGGAUUGAGCUCUUGGAUCAUUUCAUGGGUAGAAAAUUGGAAUAUGACCGAUGGAUUCUAUUUUGUUAUGAUGAGUGUUCUCACUAUCGGAUUUGGAGAUUUGGUGCCUCGAAAUGAGAUUUUUGCGGUCCCGAUCCUUUUCAUCAUUCUGGCUGGCUUGGUUCUUACCACAACUUGUGUGGACGUAGUUGGAGCUUAUUAUAUCGAUCGACUUCACUUCUUCGGAAGACGAUUAGAUGACGAUCCGUUGUCAUGGCUAAAAGAAGUGCAGCAACGGAGGAUAGAAGCAAUGAAGAAAGAAGCGAUGAGAAAGUUGUUUGAAACUGUGACAGCACUUCAUCAUAUUAGAUUGACAGCAUUCAAACAACUCACCCAAAACUACGACGAUCAUCUGAGAAGCAAGGCUCCAGACCCGCCGAGACAUCUAGUUGCCUCCCAUGCCACAGCGGAUUCUGUGAUGCUUCGAUGGAGCGCGCCGAUCUAUGUGGAUGAAGGAAAACGAUACUGGUACACGAUAACCUAUAAACCAAGAACUCCGCAACGAAGGAACAAUGUGGUAGCGGUUGACUUUAUCAAUAAAGAUCGAUAUUUAGUGACUGGCUUGAAGUCGUUCACAUUGUACGAGUUCAGUGUCUACGUUACAACGAGAUACGGUCAGAGUGUACCCAUCAAAGUUCAGGAGUAUACAGAACCAUGUACUGUCCCGCAAUCGGUUAGAAUAGAUGCGAUAUCAGAUGAAACUGCAACGCUAUCUUGGCGAGCACCGAAGAUGAAUAACGGACCAGAAUCGUAUAUCAUACAGUUUGUACAAGAGCCCGCACCACAGUUUGUGUACUGGAAUAAAUAUCGAGUGGGAUCAUCAACAAGGUUCACACUCACUGAUCUCCAUGCUGAUACUAGGUACAUAAUCUGCGUGACUGCCGAACACAACCAUGGUCUGGCUGCCAUGUCAAAGUCAAUGAGAUUCCGAACAAAGAAAUGGUGGGGAGAUGAGGACAGCACAUGUCUGAGGAUACCAGGAACCAGCCAUCGGCUAUCGAUUGCAUCUGCUAUCAGCACUCUAACGGCGCUGAGGUGA